UAUUAUAAAUCCGCAUAUUUAGCGUUGAUGAGUGAGGAUAAGAGAUAGGGCUGAGCUUGGUUGCGGUUGUCUUUUACUGUAAUAGGUUGUUAGCAAUGGAGGCCGUAGUUCUUUACCCGUCACCACCAAUUGGCCACCUGCUAGCCAUGGUGGAGUUAGGCAAGCUUCUAUUAUCUCACCAACCUUCACUCUCUAUCCACAUCCUCAUCGCUACACCACCUUACCAAGCUGAAUCCACCGCUCCUUAUAUUGCUGCCGUCUCUUCCACUAUUCCUUCCAUUGUUUUUCACAAGCUACCCAAAGUCACCCUCCUUCCAUCCACUGAUGUUACCCACCAUGAGUUCCUUACUUUUGAGGUCCUCCGCCUUAGCAACCCCAAUGUCCAUGAAACUCUCCUUUCCAUCUCCAAGGAUUACAAAGUCCAUGCCUUUACCAUUGAUUUUUUCUGUACUGUUGCUUUCAAAGUCGCCGUUGAUCUUAGUAUCCCUCCUUACUUCUUCUACACCUCCGGCGUUGCUACUCUUUCCUCCUUCUUUUAUCUACCAACCCUUCAUAAUAACACCACUAAAAGCUUCAAAGAACUUAACCUUCUCCUCAACAUCCCGGGUGUCCCACCGGUGCCAUCUGCCGAUAUGCCUAAGCCAGUACUCGAUCGCAACGAUCAAGUCUAUCACAUCUUCAUUAACAACUCCAUGUAUUUGCCCAAGUCAGCUGGGAUUAUAAUCAACAGUUUUGAAUCCCUCGAACCAAGAGCCAUCAAAGCAAUUCGCGAUGGACUCUGUGUUCCAGAUGGCCCCACACCUCCACUGUACUGCAUCGGACCGUUGAUUGCUGACGUUGAUCGGAGAAGUGGAGCUAGAUCUAAUGCUGCCGGUGAAGGUGCCCCUAAUGAUUGCUUAAUGUGGCUUGACAAGCAACCAAGUAAAAGUGUAGUGUUCCUUUGUUUUGGUAGCCUGGGACUGUUUUCAGCUCAACAAUUGAAAGAAAUAGCUGAGGGGUUAGAGAGAAGUGAGCAAAGAUUCUUGUGGGUGAUGAGAAACCCUCCUUCGGAGAACCUAAGUGUGGCGAUAAAGGAACAAUCGGAACCAGAUUUGAACGCUUUGUUACCUAUGGGGUUCUUGGAGAGGACGAAGGAGAGGGGAAAGGUGGUCAAGUCAUGGGCGCCACAGGUGACGGUGUUGAACCAUGAUUCCAUCGGUGGGUUCGUGACACACUGUGGGUGGAAUUCGGUGCUGGAAUCUGUUUGUGCGGGGGUUCCGAUGGUGGCAUGGCCACUCUACGCAGAGCAAAGGUUCAACCGGGUGUUGCUAGUGGAGGAAAUGAAGAUAGCCUUGCCGAUGGUGGAGUCAGAAACAGGGUUCGUAGAUUCAAGUGAAGUGGAGAAGCGAGUUAGAGAAUUAGUGGAGUGGGAACAAGGUAAAGUGGUUAGGAAGCGAACCGUAGCUAUGAAACACGCUGCCAAGGCUGCUAUGAGUGAGGGAGGUUCCUCUCGUCUCGCACUAGCCAAACUCUUUGAGUCGUGGAAGCAGGAAUAAUGCCUGAAUUCUGGUGCGGUUUCAAUUAGAAUCAAGUGUAAGGAUAUUUUUUAGCUAUCAUGAAUAAAAUGUUUGGAUUGUGUCUAUAUAAUAAAAUUGAAAAAUAUUACCAGUAAAA